GGCUGAGAUUAACCCCAGUCCUCCGGAGGAUAAUAGAGGACGGACCGAGUCAGUUGAUGGAGUUUCGAGGAUUCAGUUUGUUGAGAGAGUUUUUAUCCGAAGCUGUUUUUGGACAAAAUGGGAAACGUUAGAGUGUUUCUGAGAACAGCUCUGGUUCUCCUGGUGGUCCAGCUGUCUGUGGUUCUGUGUGAUAUAACGGACGGGAACGCGGAGCACCUGAAGAGAGAGCAUUCAUUAAUGAAGCCUUACCAAGGAGUGGGAAACAGCGCCAGCAGUCAGUGGGAUUUCUGGGGAAGCACGCUGGUGACCAGCUCGUACGUUCGGCUGACUUCAGACGAGAGGAGCAAGCAGGGAUCCAUCUGGAACACCGUGCCAUGCCACCUAAAGGACUGGGAGAUGCACGUCCAGUUUAAGAUCCACGGCUCGGGGAAGAAGAGCCUGCACGGCGACGGCAUCGCCCUGUGGUACACCAAAGACAAACUGCACCCAGGCCCUGUGUUUGGAAACCAAGAUCAGUUUCUUGGCCUGGCAAUUUUUGUGGAUACCUUCCGCAAUGACCUCCAUGGGAUGGAUCGCUCCUUCCCCUUCAUCUCGGCGAUGGUGAACAACGGCUCGGUGAACUACGACCACGGGAAGGACGGCCGCUCGUCGGAGCUGGGGGGCUGCUCGGCGGAGAUCAGGAACAAAGACCACGACACGUACCUGGCCAUCCGGUACUCCAAGGGGAGGCUCACCGUGAUGAUCGAUGUGGAGGAUAAGAACGAGUGGAGGGAGUGCAUCGACAUCGGAGGAGUGAGACUCCCCACCGGAUACUUCUUUGGAGCCUCCGCAGCCACAGGAGAUCUGUCUGAUAACCACGACAUCAUCUCUAUGAAGAUGUACCAGCUGAUGGUGGAACACACCCCCGAAGAGGAGAACCAGGACUGGACCAAGAUCGAGCCCAGCGUCAGCCUCCUCAAGUCCCCCAAAGACAACAUUGACGAUCCCACCGGGAACUUCCGCGGCACCCCGCUCACCGGCUGGAAGGUGUUCCUGCUGCUGCUCUGCGCUCUGCUGGGAAUCGUGGUCUGCGCGGUGGUGGGAGCGGUGGUUUUCCAGAAGAGGCAGGAGAGGAACAAGAGGUUUUACUGAGGAGAGACAGACGGGAAACAGGAUCCUGUGCGAUGUGGAAUGAACUGUUUCCAGACGACAGAUGGAGCGCAGUCAAUGUGAAUUAUUUUCUAAAGAUUGUACAAAUGUUUAUAUCCUCGGAGCUCUACGGUAACGUUCUGUUGUUGCUAAGAAGCUGCAAAACCAGUGUUGACCGUUAUGAGGCCGUGAUCAGUGCUGUUUCUGUCCUCUACACUCUCUCAGUUCCUAACCUGCCCACCGUCGUCUUCCAGGCUGUUUUAACUGAUUAUUUAUUGGAUGGAGAUAAAGAGUGAACACGUGAAUUAUCAAUGCUCCCCAUGGUUUCUCUAUCGAGGGAGUUAGAUGUUCUGCUUGUUGGGUCUGUUCCUCUCCUCCGUUCACCCUGCUAUCAUGCUUCUGUUUAAUCAUAACUGGCAAACCCUUUAAACAGACCACUAACGCAUCAUCUGACGACCUUAAUUGGUCAAUUAGCAUCCAAUUAAUCAAUCAGUCCACAAAAUGACAAAUCAUUCAACCAAAAACCUGUAAGUUAUUUCAGAAUGCUCUAAAUCACAGCAGGCCUGGUUUUACUUCAUACUUUAUCUCAGAUUUGAGAAACUGGAACCAGGUUGUUCAUAUGUAGUCUUUUUAUGAUCAAUUUAUCAACUUAAAAACUCCCCCAACAGUCGACAAACAUCACGAUGUUUUCAUAGUUCUAUGAAAUGGAAAACCCCGGCAGAGGUAAAGCAGAGGCCUCUAUUUCUCACAGCAAAGAUAUACAAUGCAAAAUGUGAUUUGCUGUUUACUUCAAUCAUGAAACCACAUGCCAGGUUGCUGACGCCAUGAACCUGGAAAUGUUGAGAACCCCAAAGUCUUAUGAUAGAAUUGUAUUUUAGGGGUCUCCAGCACAUAGAAACUGCAGGAUGCUAACCGUGCACGUGUUGGACAAUUAGCAUAAGUUGCAUUAAUUAGCAUAUGCAGACAAUAGCUAGUAACGGCAUGAACGGUUUGGACGUUUUAGGAGUGGUUUUUGAGGUAUGUUGAGGAUGCUAACUCAAUUUCUGACAUUUGUAUGAUCACUUUUAAGCAGAAAGAGCUCAUAUUUGUUCUCCCGGUGCCAUUUCUCAUCCUGAAAAUAUCAGAAAUGGGCUCAGCAUCCUCAAUAACCUCAAAAACCUCUCCAAAAGUGUCCAAGUCGGCCCAGCUAUUUUUCCCUUCAUAUGCUAGUUGUUAACUUAUGCUACUUUGUCAAAUUGCCCAACAUAUGCAGAUUAGCAUCCGGCAGUUUCUAUGUGCUGGGGACCCUACUAUACUAUCAUUAACUUUGAGGUAAUCAACAUGUCCUGGUUCACAGCAGGACUCUGAGCUGCAGACAGACCUUUCUAAUAACCACAGCUUCUCCUUUCAACAGAUAAGGCCACUUAAAGGGUCCAGUGCACACAUGACUGGAUGUUAAAAACGGCUCCAUCAUAUUUGAUCUUCGUUGUUUAAGCACUAUUUUCUCCAGAAUAUGCCUUUGUUAUUUUUCUACGUAUUUGUUUCCAGCUGUUUAAAAUUCCUAAAUAAAUUCUAGUAUAAUUAAUAUUAGAAUCAUUGACGGGAGCUGCUGAAUCCUGAGGUCCCUGAAUGCAUCGCUUUAGUUUCUUUUAUUGACUUGUUUGUUUGCUUUCUUGUUGGUUUCGUCCAGCUUCCUUUUCAAUUAUGUUCCAAUUCUUUUGUAGAAUAUUUUACAGAAACUGCUAAAAGUAGAAAUGAGGAUUUGAUGACGCAAUCGAGUUUUGGCUUUUGCUGUGUUUUUGAAUCUGUUCAGUACUUGUGUUUCUGUCACAUCAGAGGUUUUGUUGUGAUGGGACUUCUCAGCAGAAAUAUUUCAUUAAAUGAAAAGAGAAACGG